CGCAAUGCCCGCAGAACUCCUCGCCCUCCCACCAGCCUACACCCUCAUCGGGUUCUACCGCCUGUGCACCGACGAGUCGAUACGCAAGCCCGUGUGGGACAAGGUGCGGCACGCGGCCGUGCGCGGCGCCAUGGUCGGCGCCGCGUACGCCGUGUUCGGGUGGGGGGCCAUGGACUUUGUCGUGCGCCGGUUUAUCGUCGGCAAGGCCGCGGCCAAGGGCGGGCGGGUGACCCUUGGUAGUGGGACGCUGGCGAUGAGUAUCGACUUGGUGUUUUACACCCACAUCAUGCUCCUCCUCCCGCAGCUCGGCGCAAUUCUGCGCUUCUUCAUGCUCAAGAACCUGCGCAUCGCCCGCGCCCGGGCGUACAACCUGACUGUCGCGUCGCGCGGCAAGCCCGCCGAAUUCUGGGGUCUGGGAUACGUCGAGGAGUGGCAACAGCCGCCCCCAGUUCCACCACCCCGCGCGCGCGGCCGCCCAAGCCGCGAGCAGUGGGUGCGCUGGCUGCUGUGGUGGCCUAGCCAGAGUGUGAUCCGGCAUUACAUUCUCUUCCCACUCUCCCCAACGCUGCCGCUCAUCGUGCCCCUCUUCACGUCAUCGCUCAAGGCGCUCGGCACGGCAGAGUUCCUCCACAAGCCGUACUUUGCGCAGAAGCGCAUGACGCACGAGGCCGAGUGGAUUUGGGUCGACGAGCGCAAGUGGGCGUACCGCGCCUUCGGCUUCAGCGCGGCGCUGCUCGAGAGUCUCCCGAUUAUCGGGCUGGUGUUUAGUAUCUCGAACCGCAUCGGCGCGGCCAUGUGGGCUCACGACCUCGAGAAGCGCCAGCACCUCUUCGCCCAUGUCAUCCUCCGCCCGCUGCCGCCCUCCCGCGUGGGCAUCUUCGGCACCGGUACCCCGCUGGACAUGACGUCCGAGGUGCGCCGCGCGGGCUCCGAGAUCGAGAAGCGCUGGUCCAACACGCCAGUGUACGCUCCGACAGACGAUGGCGACGACGAGGCGCCAGUGCCGCCGGGUGGGUUUGCGGCGCCUGGAGGGUUUCCAACGUCUGGAGGCUAUGCGCCUCCUCCCCUUCCCCAGGCUUCGUAUCCUCCCCAGGCUCCGUACCAAGGCCACCCUCCGGCCCCGCACGGCGCACCGUACGGCGAGCCCGCUCCGCCUCCGUACUCUGCCGUCGCUGGGGCUGGCGCCGUCGCCGGGCCUAGCCAGGACGGCGCGAGGCGCAGGCUGCCGCCCCAGCUGCCUCCCCGGCCUGACUCGAAGGCUUCGGCCGACUCAAAAUACAAGGGUCAGUGA